CGAUUGUUACAGAAAUACUUUACUAAUUUUUAUGAAUGGCGGAAAUUAACGGCCUAAUAAUUCAAGAUUUACGCAAUAUAUAAUCUAAAGCAGCCUGCAGCCUUAUCUUUAAUCGUUUUAUUCUAUCUGCGAUAACUACAUGCGAUUACAUCUGAGAUAAAGAACAUCACGACACGAGAUGAUGUUAAGCAUAACAGAAAGUGAUGUUUUUAAUACGCAAGUGAUGUAUUUAAACGCAACUUCUAAAAUGGAGUAUGAUGAGUAUGAUGAAUACGUACCAUAUGCUCAAAGGCCUGAGACUUACAUCGUGCCCGCAAUAUUUUCGUUAAUUUUAGUCGUUGGCGUAGCAGGAAACGGUAUCUUGAUUCUCAUUUUGCUAUGUCAUACCAGUAUGAGAAAUAUACCAAACACAUACGUGCUGUCUUUAGCUCUGGGCGAUUUGCUGGUGAUUGUGACUUGCGUACCUUUCACAUCAAUUGUUUACACGAUCGAAUCGUGGCCAUGGGGCUUAACUAUCUGCAAACUAUCCGAGUGUGCUAAAGAUAUUUCGAUUGGUGUGUCAGUGUUUACUUUAGCCGCUUUGUCAGCCGAAAGAUAUUGCGCCAUCGUGAACCCUAUUCGUCGCCACGUAGCGGGUUUAAGCGCAAAACCACUUACCAUUUUAACGGCAUCCCUUAUUUGGGUCUUAGCGAUUGUCUUAGCUAUGCCCGCCGCGCUAUUCUCCAAUGUAUCACCUCAAUCAUUAGGGAAAAACCACACGAUUUUAGUCUGCAGUCCUUUCCCAGCAGAAUUUGGAGCCGCAUAUCGAAAGGGGAUAGUAAUAUUCAAAUUUUUGGCGUAUUACGUGAUACCGUUGUGCGUCAUAGCAGGCUUUUAUUUAGGCAUGGCAUGGCAUCUAGCAUUAUCAACCAGAAACAUGCCGGGCGAACUUCCCGGUGGUGAUCUUCACAUUGAACAAAUAAGGGCGCGCAGAAGGGUGGGCAAAAUGGUAGUGUGUUUUAUAAUCGUUUUCGUGAUUUGUUUUCUACCGUAUCACAUAUUUAUGCUGUGGUACCACUUUUGCCCCACGGCCGAAUCAGAUUAUGAUUACUUCUGGCACGCAUUCAGGAUAAUUGGCUUCUGCCUCAGUUUCAGUAAUAGCUGCGUUAAUCCCAUAGCUCUAUACUUAAUUAGCCGCACGUUUCGUCAACGGUUUAAUAAAUAUUUAUGCUUCUGUCUACCGGAUGGUUCCGCGAUCUGCAAUAGAAAUCGAAUGGAAAGUAGUAUAAUUCGUGGACACGGUGCUUUUUCACAAAGAAGUCGACGCAUGUUUUACGAAACUAGUUUCGGUUCCACCUUUCGAAGACGUACUCAAGAAUUAAAUUCGACCGGGGUAUUUGAAAUGGCCAGCAUAGAAACAUCUAAGCCUAAUGUUGGCGAUCGAAAGUUGCCGUCGUAAGUAAUUUAAAGUGAAAACAGGGCGCGGAUAUCAAUGUAAAUUACAGUCCAAGUCGCAGCACCAUCACUGCUGAUAAUAAUAGAUAGUAAUUUCAUCAGGAUGGUUGCAUAUUUAUUAUUGCAAGUUUUACAUUACGAGGAUAAAAGGAAAAAUGUAGUGACAGGUUCAGAAACUUUUAUCCUAAUUAAUAUUUCCGUAACCAUUUCAAAAGUUAUGGAUGCCCGCUUGUAAUAUUUUUCAUUUACAAAAAUACGACUUUGAGAAUACACGUAUGUUGCAAUUUUUCACUCUAUAUAUCUUUGAAAGGUAGCUCUUCUUCAAGUAAGUACAGCCUGAGUUUCUGCGAACUCAGACUACAAUUCUUUUUCGAAAAAGUUCUUUCAAGCGACUAUACUUUUCGUAUCGUCAAACUUCUCUUUAAAAAUUGAUAAUGUAACCAAAUC